AUGAACCAGCAAGCAGCGCCAAACCCAGUCUUGCACACCCCAGGCGACUUACAAUCAGUUACCUUUCUCCCCGUGAACGAGCCCAGCUCCCCAACUACACAUCGGGCAAAGCGCGGCUCUCAGUCCUGCGACAACUGCCGCGACACGAAGAAGAGAUGCGAGCAGAUAUCACCAGAAGGGUGCCGGAGAUGCGUAGACGGGGGCAGGGUCUGUCGAACUACGCAGCAACGGAAGAGGAGGAAGCUGAGAUGGACAUCAAGCAGGCAGGACGCAAAGAGCACGCCGAACUUGGAGGCCCAGGUCCAUUCGACUUCCGAUCAGGGGACUCUGGCUAUUGACACAGACGGUUCCCCUGACGCCCAGAACGAGGAGCCGGAGGGUCGUGAGCUGCUCCAACGCGCCCACAACACGAAAGAGAAAAUCCUGUCGACUGAUCUCCUCGACGCGCGAGAUGCAUUGGACCUUAUCGCCGUAGCUGGAUCAAGAGAGCGUAUGGGCGAGAGACUACAGCUCAAUGACAGGCAAAGCUUGACGCAGCGGGGACCUAGGAUCGCCAUACCACCGUCAAAAACAGAUCUCGACGGCUUUUUUCUCAUCCGGAAAGGCAUCGCCCGACCUUGCGAAGUGCACGAGUACCUGGGAUUUUACUUCACCCACCUUUGGCAGGCAUUUCCAGUCAUUCCGCAGUGGUACGCAACGCCCGAGCGGUACGGCCUGCUGGUGCGGCACGAACCCGUCCUCGCCAUUAGCCUGGUGGCACUGGCGUCCAGAUACCACUCUCUGUCGGGGCUGAAUGGUGUUGCUCGGUCUGAGAGAGUCCACUGGCGCACAUGGUUAUGGGUGCAACGGCUCUUCCAGUCUGCUAUGUGGGGAUCGGCUGGAAUGCGCAGUUACGGGGCGAUUGCGGCCUUGCUGCUGUCUAUAGAGUGGCAUCCUAGGGCCAUAAACUCACAAGAAGACUUCGUCGGGGACUAUGGCGAGCCGGAACUGUUCGAGCCAUCGGGUCUAGAAGACACUACCGCCAUUCACCGGCCACCUGAAGGACACAGCACCCCCAAGCGGCUCAAUCUAGUUGCGACAGCUCAUAGGAGUAACAGGAUGUCUUGGAUAUUGCUGUCAACCAGCAUCUCCUUAGCAGAGGAGAUGGGUUGCUUCGAGGAUCCAUCUGGCCGCGUCCCUGCAGAACGUCGGACCCCAGACUCUGUCCACCUUGACUGGCCCCAUAUCUUGCGCACAUUUCUUCGGAUCACGGAUGAAAGCCUAUCCUUGCGGCUACGUCUAGAGUCGCAGCUACGUGGUCUGCGCUCCGUCGAGAUCGCUGAUUGUCUUCCCUCCGCCUUAGCAGCCGAUGGGUUCUGGGAGAGCACAUCAGAUCUGGCCACUCAGAUGGGCAAGGCCCGAGACCUCCUUCGUAGUUGGAGGAAGAGCCAACAUGCUGCCGGUCCUUCUAUUCCACUCGCUGCGUGGGACAGUUUCAGACGGAGCCUUGACCGCUGGAAGAGACAACGGCAGCUCAAUAGCAGAGAUAUCUCCCUACGUGACGCCUGCCUUGAUAUUGAAUACUAUUAUGUACGCAUAUGCGGGUUAAGCCCAGCUGCACACAUGUUUGAGAGCGCCACAGUAAGUCAUGACUCGCCCGCCAUGCAUUCAUUAUCACGUUUUGCAGACGAUGCCACCGAAGCGUCUAUUGACCUACUCGACUCUGUAAUCCACAAUGUUGCACCAUCCAGUUUUUUCAAGUACGCCCCAGUCAAGACGUGGCUCUACAUCGUCUGCGCUGCGUUGUAUCUUUUGAAGGUGACCCUCAAAAUAGAGAAGCGGUUAGAUGGCAGCGACCCGCACAUCUUUCGAAUCCUCAGCGCCGUUGACGCGAUCAAGCAAAAUGCUCCUGAUGACAUCCACAUGGCACAGCGUUAUGCCACAUUACUCGAUAUCCUUGUGAGUGCAGCAACGCGCUCGUCCUCCAAUGCGACACAUGACGUCACGCAGGACGAAGCACAUCGGACGUCUGGUAUUGCGAAUGCAGACUAUCUGGCAAAUCCCUACGACAGCCAAUUCCUGGAUACUGCGACAGGCGAUUCUAUUUAUGAUCCGCACUUCUGGGACUCCUUACCCGACAUGAUCGGCUUGAAUAACGUGUCUGACCUGUUUAUGCCAGUAUUUGAAUGA